AUGUCGGAAUUACCAUCCUCCCCACCCUCGGAUCCGGUAGAUGCGAUCGCAUACUACAAAUUGCAGUACGAGCAAUUGGAGAAUGAAUUGACGGAAUUUCAGGCGAGUUCGCAGGAGUUGGAAGCAGAGUUGGAGAAGGAUGUUGAAGCUGCGGAAAGAAGGGAAAGGUUAUUGCAGGAAAAGGUAGAGAGUUUGGGAUUCGAAGUGGAAGAAUGGAAGAAGAAAUAUAAACAAUCCAAGAAUGAAGCGAAUGCUGCGCAGACCACUUUACAGAAGGAGAUCACUUCUCUCCGCGAUGCGAAUCGAACUAUGCAACUCCAACUUCGAGACAUUGAAGUUCAACAUGACGAUAUCGAGCGGCAAGCGCGAAAUACCUUCUCAUCCUUAGAGGAUAUGGAAUCAAAGUUUAACAUGUCUAUUGAGCGAGGGGUAAUGAUGGAAGAAGAAAUCAAGAUUGGCGAAAAGGAAAGAGAACAGCUCCGGAUCGAAACACAACGUUUGAGAGAUGAGUUGUCGGACCUGAAAGUUGAGGCGGAUAUCAUGCAAGACAAGCUACGAAAACGACAAUUUCCAUCAAUCACAACAGAUUAUACUGCGCCAAGUACUCCCUCAUUUGAGCCCUUUGGAACAUCUCCAAGAUCCACAGCUUCUUCUCCGAUCAUCAACACUCCACCAGAUACCAAGUCCAUCUCAACGACAGAUACCGUUUCCGAAACUCCUACUCCUCCAUCUCCGCCCAUGUCAGAAGCAUCGGCGACUGCAAGACACGGACUGAACACAUCAAUGAACCCACCCCAAAGCAAUCUAAAAUUACCAGCUGCGAAUGCAAGCGCAACGCCUAAACAAGGUCUAUCUCGUUACGUGUCUGGCACAGUUCGUAGUUCACGAGGCACAACACCGAACGGCAAUUCAAAAGCAAGAAGUGCGACACCAGCAGUGAUUCGCCAGACAAGGCAAAAAGCUCCACCUACACGCGGUUUGCCGAACUCAACAUCCCUAACUCAUAUCAGAAGUUUGACGGCGCAAAUGCAAAGAUUAGAACAACGAGUGCAGUCUGCAAGAUCAAAACUACCCGCGCCGGUCACUACUCCACCUCAUACUACACCGAGAACAAUAUCAGCUAUGGGUCAAAAUUACUUGCCGCCAAGUGGUACAAUAAGAGGUAGGAAGAGAACUACAGGUAGUACUGCGAGCGCGAGCACUACAUCAUCCAUGACUGGAGAUGAACCAGUAAAACACCUCCCUCGAGUCUCUGUAUCUGGAAUCAGCAGGCUUUCUUUUGGACCAAUUGCAAAUAGAGAUGGGAACGAUAGCAGUCAACAUAGUAGUAGACCACCCAGUCGACCAGGUAGUCGUGCCAGUGGUUCACUCUAUGAACGCCCACCAAGUCGAUCGACCCUCAGUCGCCCAGGCGCUAAGACGCCAGUAUCAACUUACGCACAGUCGCAAAUUGUGGAUUCGAGAAGGGCGAAAAGUAGUAUGGGUGGAAAUUAUGGGGAUAGGCAUGGAGAUGGAAGACCUCAUGCGCAUUCACAGAGCGUCUCAUAUAUUGGCUACGGCGUGGACGAGAACCGGGAAUCUACCUAUAAGACACCAGUGCGUAGAGGAACUGUACAUGAGAGUUCGGGUGGCACACCACUAUCUUCACUCCCUCGAAGGAAAAGCGGUGGACAAUCAUUAUCGAUGUCGGGCCUACCUAUGCCUAGGAGAACAAGCACAAGUCAAGGAUUUCGAGAGGAGGAAGAGAGGAUGAUUAUUAAUCCUAGACAACCUGCGGGACUCAAUAGAACUCCAACGGCACCAACAGGAAGACAAAGGAAGUUGAGUGGUGUAGGGGAAUGUUAUUAA